ACCGAAAGAGAUAUCCUUUUCAUUGCUUUAGCUUCCCUAUGUCUCCGUCUAUGUAAAAUCGUUGUUCCUAUCUCAGGGGGUUAUAAAACACGCCGAAAACGAGAGAUUACAAUCAUAAAUAAUCUCUGAAUUUGCCUGCUCUUUGCUUCCGAACACCCCUUGCGUGAGUGGGAAUGCAAGAAGCAGGGUUGGGAAUGGGAAUGGUGAGCGGAGAAGUGUCCGCCGCCGGCGACCACCAUCACCACCACCGUCAAGUGAAGGCGGAGAUAGCCACCCAUCCACUCUAUGAACAGCUUCUGUCUGCACACGUGUCAUGCCUCCGCGUGGCCACACCCAUCGAUCAGUUGCCACUCAUCGACGGUCAGUUAUCGCAGUCCCACCAUCUCCUCCGCUCUUAUGCCUCACACCAUUCCCAUUCCCUCUCGCCCCAUGACCGACAAGAACUUGACAACUUCAUGGCACAGUAUUUGAUUGUGUUGUGUACAUUUAAAGAGCAGCUUCAGCAACAUGUGAGGGUGCAUGCCGUGGAGGCUGUGAUGGCCUGCCGUGAUAUUGAAAGUACCUUGCAAGCUCUGACAGGAGUCAGUUUGGGAGAAGGAACAGGUGCAACAAUGUCAGAUGAUGAAGAUGAUUUGCAGAUGGAUGGCUCUUUAGACCAGUCUAGCGCUGAGGGACAUGACUUAAUGGGAUUUGGUCCAUUGCUUCCUACAGAAUCUGAAAGGUCCCUGAUGGAAAGAGUUCGUCAGGAGCUUAAGAUUGAGCUCAAGCAGGGUUUUAAGUCUAGAAUUGAAGAUGUUAGGGAGGAAAUAUUAAGAAAACGGAGAGCUGGGAAAUUGCCAGGCGACACAACAUCGGUUUUAAAGGCCUGGUGGCAGCAACAUGCUAAGUGGCCCUACCCAACUGAAGAUGACAAGGCAAAACUUGUGGAGGAGACAGGGUUGCAGCUGAAGCAAAUCAAUAAUUGGUUCAUCAAUCAAAGGAAACGCAACUGGCACAGCAACUCUCAAUCAGUUACCUCUCUGAAGUCCAAGCGCAAGAGAGAGUAUGCCCACUAAGGAUUCCAGUCUGGUGCAGAAGAUAAUAGGUGAUGCACUAUAACAUAAGAUGGCUUACAAAAGUGAUGGUUGUAAAUUCAUGGAAUACAUAACGGAUACGAACUAUUCUUCUUGUUGUGCAUGGUUGCCUCCAUUUCUUUCAAGUGUUUUUUAUAUGUAAAUUGUUUGCUAUGAUUUGACUGGCCGAAGAAGUAUUUUUAGCAGCUGAAAGGCUGCAAGUGUUUCCUAUACUUGAUUUGCUUACAUGUACUAUUAUGUAAAUUUUGUGUUGUACUUGAUAUCAGUUAAAUUUACAAGUACUAACAUCUCCAUCCUUUGGAGGAGAUAACUGUAAUUUGUAAGGAUGCAAAAAGGAAUUUAAGGACGAAUUGGCUAAUGAAA